AAACUUGGCAAAAAAAAUGUUUGUAUUUAUUGCACAUUUCAAGAUUUGGGAUUACUGAAUUCCCAAACAGAUCAAUGCAUACACUGAAAUUGUUGUGUUGGACGCUGGAAAAAGUAACUUGAUUUUUAUUCUCCAUACUGUAUAUGUCAAGAAUUUUAGCAGAUAAGAUGAGAUUUAGCUAAAUUUACAUAUAAACAUUAAGAAUUUCUGUUAUCAAUUACAAUGAACCUGAAAGCAGCAGUGAAAUUCUAGUCUGAGAGAUCUUUGCCCUAAUUCAAUUCCUUAGUCAUAGUUGCCAGUUACCAGAAUGGAGAAGAGGAAACGGAGAAGCAGCAGAUAGCAGACAGUGUGCCAGGAUUCCGGCCGCCGGCCGGUAUCCGGCAACCGGAGUUGAGCUUCUGUGCACGCCAUAUUGCAUUAUUGUAUUCUUGUUUUCCUUAGAAGGUUAGGAAGUAGUUUGUUAGUUAGCUGUCCAAAAGGGGAAAUUCCAAAUCUACCCAUCUCGGCAUAUCCAAUCUUCUUCCCCCGCCAUCGCCAUAAAAGCCGUUUCCCAGUUCUUCACGCAUCCUGUGGUUCUGAUCCAACGGUUGGAGUGAAGUAUCAGGGAGCGAAAAGCAGCCAUGGCUUCUCUACCCGCCCGAUUGAUUCUCUCUCUGCAAUUGCUGAUCCUGUUGUUCGGAUCCGGCUGCGCAAACCGAAUCCGCGACGGCGAGGCUACGGAAACCGUGGAAUUGCAAAAAAACCGGCGAGAGUUUGAUUUCUUCAAGCUCUCUCUCCUGUGGCCCGGCACCGAGUGUAGGCACACGCGCCGCUGCUGCUCCGCCAACGCCUGUUGCCGCUCGAACUCGCCCACUGAAUUCACAAUCCACGGACUCUGGCCUGAUUACAAUGAUGGAACUUGGCCAGCUUGUUGCAAAGGUUCCCAGUAUGAUGAAAGAGAGAUCUCAACACUGGCAAGUGCAAUGACAAAGUACUGGCCAACUUAUCAAUGUGGUUCUUCAUCUACUUGCCAUCACAGCAAAGGAUCAUUUUGGGCUCAUGAGUGGGAGAAACAUGGAACAUGCUCCUAUCCAGUUGUCCGGAACGAAUAUGAAUACUUUUUGACAACUCUGAAUGUUUUCUUCAAGUAUAAUGUUACGGAAGUGUUGUACAAAGCUGGAUAUGUGCCCUCAAAUUCUGAAAAGUAUCCAUUAGGAGGCAUCAUCUCAGCCAUUCAAAAUGCUUUCCAUGCAACCCCAGAAUUGACAUGUUCUGGUGGUGCUGUUGAGGAGCUUCGACUAUGCUUCUACAAGAAUUUUGAGCCACGCGACUGUGCUACACAAUCUAGCCUCAAUAGUUUCAAAGGCUCAUCUUGCCCCAAGUAUGUCAGCUUACCUGCACAGACAUCAGCAUUGAGGCUAGCAAACAAUGAAGAAGAAGCAUCUUUGUCUACAAUGUAGAUGGUUGCCCAUACUUGAGAUUACCAUAAUGCCAAAUGGCAGUAGCUCAUUGGUUUACAUAUAUAUUGUUGUGAUUAGUAUGAAUUACUCUGUGAUCCAUACAUCAACUGGCAAAAAUGGAGUGUUGACAAGCUCUCAUUGUAAAGGAUAUUAGGUUGGGAUUAUCCUAGCAAAUUUUUAAUUUUUUUUGUUUU